AUCCCACAAGGUGAGGGAGAAGCGUUCCAUUUCGCAGACGAUAAGCAUGAUUGAGAAAAAAAGAAGGAACAAGGCGAGGAUUUGUUUUCUGGGGCUGGGGUUACGAGAAACUACAACCCCAGAAAAUAGGUCAGGAUAGAUUUCUCCUCGGAGUAAAAACGAAAAAAAAAAAAAAAUUUGGAUUGAUGGAGCCAAAAUGCUAGAUUUACCCUAGAGCUAAAACGGAAAAUAUAUGAAUUGAUGGAGUCAAAAGAGAAAUUCUUAUCGUUGAAUACAUGGUCUUUCACUCUGUGCAAAAUAAAGUUUCAUUUGUCAUGGGAAGUUCACAAUCGAGCAUCACGGGAUGAUAUUUCAUUGUUAAUUAAAAUUGUCUGGCACAAUUAGGCACAUGAAUUAUUUCUCGUGAUAGUAGGUAAACAUUUAGUCAUGAAAAAAAAUCAGGUGAUUAAAAUUCCAUGAUAAAAAUGAAUUUUCUUGUAGUGGGCAGAAAUGAUACUCAUAUUCCGUUUCAUGCUACUAAAGGUCAGGUACUACACACCCAACGCAGAAUUUUCUUGUAGUGGGCAGAAUUGCUCCUUUUAUUAACAAUUUCCUUGAAAUUUGGUGAUGCAACUAUACGAUUUUCUAUUGGUCAAAAACUUAAUAUAUAGUAGUUUUUUUCCCCUCCAAAUAUAGAGAUAGUUACAUAAGAGGUUCUUCCUUUAUUCUUUUGUGAUUUGUCUUGCUCUGCAAAUCAUCGAAUAAAAGAAUUGGUUCAUUCAAACUCCUAUUUCAAGCAUUCACAACGGAAAGCAAGUAAAGCAACAAGAAAUUCAGGAAGUGCAUAUCUAAAGGAGGCAGCAUUCUGUAUGGCCAUGCACAUUUACGAAUAUUCCAUAAUAUAUUGAAUAAUAUUUAUAAAAUUAUUCCAAUUAAGAAUCGUGCAUUAGUGGCUGGUCGACUCCUUAUCUCCCGCAUUUUAGGAUAUUAUUAACAAAUGUUAGUCUCACAUGUGGAAAACUUAAGUGCUCCUUUUUCUUCGAUGCAAAUUCAGUAAUUAAUAUUUGCAUGGAUGAAAAAGAGAAGUGCUCGAUGUUUUGUCAGAACAGAAAAGAAAAGAGGUGUGGUCAAGCAUAUCUGUGGUACAACAAAUGAAUUAUAAUAAAUAUGGAUUGUUUAAGUCAGAUUGUAAUAAUGUUAGUAGUGUUAAAACUAGUGAUGAAAAUUAGGAAUGAUGAUAAUAGAUUACUAAAUCCACGAGCCCUGUUCUGUUCUCUAACCAGUGACCUGCUUCGUAUCAUGCUCCCAGCCCAGCCCAUGAUUUCUUACCCAUGAGUGCAUACUAGUAUUUUUCUCAAAUGAUACCAUCAAUGCAUUAAUGAAUAUCACUAUCAAUCAUUAUUAUCUCAAUACAAACCACCAUCACUACAAGAAAAAUAGUAUUAUUCGUGGAUUGUGUUGUCUAGGUUCAUUGAAGUGACACGUAUACUUGAAUUUUGAUGACAUUCAAUUAUAAUGUUCAUCACUCUCAUAUUUGAUAUAUUUUUUUUCGUCUAUCAAUGCAGUUUUAGAAGUUUUUACUUGAUUUCAUAUGAAUAUUGUAACUAUUUGAUCAAUUAGUUAUUGUUAGACCUAUUAGUUUGUGUUUUCUAUCUUUUUAUGCUUUUUUAGUUGUUGUGAGAAUUCCUAAGAGAGUCAGACUUAUGUUUGUAAUACUAACAGGUUCUAUAUUUUAAAUACUCGUACUCCUGUGGGUUAAUUCCUUAAAUAUUGUUUUUUUUAAUUUACCACGAAUAUAGUGUUUUUAAAAGUAUUUACAAGAAUAUUGUGUUUUGAUGGAGGGAAGUUGGCGACGGCGCCCGAGACUCAGCAAAUACAGUUUUUAAGGGUAAAGCCAACGCCUGAGACUGGGGCGCCGUCGCUAUGCCCCCUUUUUUUUUUAAUUCCCCUCCUCGCCCUCUCGCACAUACCAGACCAAUCCUCCCUCCAUCCCCGACCUCCUUCAUCCUCCUCCAUCCCGACCCCUCCUUCACCCUACCAGCGUCGACGCCAAGAACAGAGCGGCGACGCCCAGAUUAAGGCGGCAGCCCCAGGCGGCGGCGCGAGGAAGAGAGCGAAGGCGCCCCAUCAACAGCGGCGACGCGGAAGAAUGUCCGACGACGAGCAGCAGGCCCCCGGCGGCAGAGGAAGAGGCCGAGGGCGGCGAGGGCGGCGGCGAACGCUACAGGAGUGAGUGUCGGAUUCUCGCCGGCGGCGGCUUUUUUUUUUCGGCGACAUUUUUUUUUAAUGUUCUAAUUUUUUUUUCUAGUUCCUAGGCUUAUCGAUCCCUGUUCGAUGAGACCACCACCUGCGACAAUCGAUACUGCUCCGAUGGAUCCGGAACUUCUUUGGGGGCAUGGUCACCAUCGGAUUGACGCAGUUUGGGCAAAUGAGGUAAGUUUUUUUUAAACUAUUUCUAUAGUUUUAUUAGCUGAAUAAUAUGAUAGAAUAGAAUAGAAUUAAAUUAAAUUAAAUUAUGAUUGGAAUUAAAUUAAAUUACGAUUGGAAUUAAAUUAAAUUAGGAAUAGAAUUAGAUUAAGUUACGAGUAUAUUAUAUUAGAAUAAGUUUAGUUUAGAUAUAUAAAUAUAAAUAUUAGAUGAAUUGAAGGAAUUGAAUUAAUAUAGUUUUGUGCAUUAAUUAUAGGCUGGUGAUCGACCAUUCCACAUUCGUCAUACUAGAAAUUUAGUUCGAUACAAUCCACUGUACCUGACGUAUCUCGUUGAUGCUGGCAUGUCUAGUGUUCUGCCACUAGCCCCUCUUACCGGUGAUCCGGGUUUGAUUACUGCGCUCGUAGAGCGUUAGCGACCCGAGACAUCGACAUUUCACAUGUCGUUCGGUGAGGUGACGAUCACCCUAGAGGACGUUGCGACACUCACCGGAUUAGCGAUCGACGGUGAUGCCGUCGUAGUAUACAUACCCGACGAGGACUGGUCGGGUAUGUGUCUUCGACUGUUAGGACAGGCUCCUACUGAUCUUGGUGGCGGCGUCAUCCGGAUUUCUUGGCUCAGGGAGACUUUCGAUGAGCUGCCGCUUUCUGCAUCACCCCAGACGAUAGAGCAGUUUGCAAGAGCGUAUGCGCUGUCUCUGAUGGGAGGUGUCUUGUUCUCCGAUCGGUCUGGAGGUUCAGUCCACCUGCAGUACCUACUUUUGGUCGAGGAUUGGCACAGAGCGGGGAGGUUUGCUUGGGGAACAGCUGUGUUAUCCUACUUGUACCGUGAGAUGGGUAGAUCGGCGCUGCAGAUUACGGCAUCUUCUUCACUGGGUGGUGACUUUGGUGGAUGGUCCGCCUUGCUGAUGAUCUGGACGUGGGAGCGGUUUCCUCAUACAUCACCACUACAUGCGGUGACGGGUGAGCGGUUUCCUCAUACAAAAUUAUGUGAAGAAAGCUUACCGACUCGAAAUAGUUGAUUAUACAUAAUUCUGCUUUUAGUCUUCCUUUGCAAAUUGCUU